GUUAAUAUAACUGAACCAUUGAUAAACUACAGGUAAAGUUGUUGCUAAAUUCUGUGCCAAGUAUCUACAUCAACAAGUGCUCAAGUAUGAAGCAUAUUUACAUGGUGACAUAGGAACUUCAGUCCAGAAAGCCUUUUUCAGAAUGGACGAGAUGAUGCGUGGUCAGAGAGGAUGGAGGGAGCUGGCUGCACUAGGGGAUAAAUUGAACAAGUUCACGGGUAUGAUAGAGGGUCUUAUUUGGUCUCCAAAAAAUGGUGAUGGAAACAACCAUGUUGAUGAUUGGGCAUUUGAGGAGGGGCCUCACUCUGAUUUUUCUGGGCCUACUUCUGGAUGUACGGCUUGUGUUGCAAUCAUGAGAGAGAACCAACUCAUUGUUUCAAAUGCUGGUGACUCUCGCUGUGUAAUUUCAAGGAAGGGCCAGGCAUACAAUUUAUCGAGGGAUCAUAAACCUGAUCUUGAGGUUGAGAGAGAGAGAAUUUUAAAAGCUGGUGGUUUUAUUCAUGCAGGACGUGUGAAUGGUAGUCUAAACCUUGCAAGAGCUAUAGGUGACAUGGAAUUCAAGCAGAACAAGUUUUUGCCUGCUGAGAAGCAAAUUGUAACUGCCAAUCCAGAUAUAAACACUGUUGAGCUGUGUGAUGAUGAUAAUUUUAUUGUGCUAGCCUGUGAUGGUAUAUGGGACUGUAUGUCCAGCCAGCAAUUGGUGGAUUUUAUACACGAGCAGCUGAAGUCGGAAAACAAGCUUUCUGCAGUUUGUGAAAGAGUUCUCGAUAGGUGUUUGGCACCUUCUACUGCUGGAGGUGAAGGAUGUGACAACAUGACCAUGAUUUUGGUGCAAUUCAAGAAACCUUUUCAGUCUGGGGCUUCUGCAGUUGAAAAACUCCCAGCUUCUAGCGAGACACUCCCUGCUUCCGGCGAGGCUAACACUGAAACAAAACCAGCAGAGUGCGAAUCGAGUUCGUAGUCCUGAGCUCUCCGGUUUUGAUCUGAUACUUCUGAGUAUGCAAUUGUACAUGAUUAUUUUGUGCCGAGUGGAUCUCUACUGCACAUAUAUAUUUUGUUUUCCUUGCUACUGGUAUUGUAUUAUAACCAGUGGGAUGGCUUGUAUAGGUAACUUGACCACAGGUUUGAUCCUUUCAUGUAACUGUUUAUUCAAGUUACUUAAAGGGGUUUCCUUUUCCCGCCUCUGAAACAAAGGAAACAAAUUGUAUCAAAGAGACCUUUCCUCAA